AUGACAGCGCAAGAAGAAAGCUUGACAGGAGAUGUGAAUCUAGAAAGCAGUAUCAAGCAGAAGAGCGCUCUUUCGUCCUCCAUUAAUGUUCCUAGUCCACAAAUCAGCUCACCAACUAAUCGUUCUACGAGUGAACGGCAAAACAUUUGGGAACAUAGAUUAGAUAUUCGUGCACCGGAGCAGAAUUUAGAGCAGAAGAAAUACUGGGAAUAUCGAAAUGUCUACCACAUACCGGUUCCACAAGGAAUCGAAUACUGGGAGGAUGAAGAUAAGAAACGAUGGGAGAUGAUCAAUAUCGGUGGUUUGAACGAGAGUGAAGCUAAUCGACAAAUUAAAAGAGCGAAAGUACAAUCUGUUAGAGCAAAGCAGCGGGAGAAUAGAGAAAUGCGAGCUCCACAAAGAACAGAUAUAUUUUUCAUUAUAUCGUUGAUCUGUUUUGGACUACAGAUAGCUCUUGCAGUGAUCUGUAUUGGCUUUUGCAUUUAUCAGAUUGUCAAUAAUGCCCAGAUUCAAGCUGGUUUGGUUUUUCUUCUUUUGGCAUUGAUACCAUUGGUUGGUGCUGCCGCUGGUAUAUUUGCAGCCCUGACGAGAAGUCAAAACCUCGGAUUGUGUACAGCCAUUUACAACGUGGCAUCGGCUGCUGGAGUCAUUGUGGCAACGAUUAAUGUAUAUUCUUUUAAAGUGUAUCAGCCAUAUGAUGAUCUAAAUGCUUUCAUUCCAGUGGCGGGUAUUGUUGCGCUUGUUCAGACUGCUUCAUUCGGAAUGGUUAUGAUUAUCUAUUUCAACUUAUCACAUCCUGUUGAAAAUUAUCCAAGAGGUACUGUAUUAUUCCCAAGUACCUCUUAA